CAAAUCUUAUUCUUUCUCAGCGUCCCAUCGCUCUCAUCUCCGAUAUCUUCCUCUCUAACGUACCUUCCAACCUUUUCUCUCUUCUCGUUAUUCUCGCAGCUUUAAAGAGUUUAAGUGCAGAUAAGAAUUGGAGAUGAGGUUGUUGAAUGUGGCGACGUGUAACCUAAAUCAAUGGGCUAUGGAUUUUGAUUGCAAUCUGCGGAACAUCAAGGAAUCCAUAUUGAGGGCAAAAUCAGCUGGAGCCACUAUUAGACUUGGGCCGGAGCUUGAGAUUUCGGGAUAUGGUUGUGAAGACCAUUUCUUGGAGCUGGACACUAUAACUCACUCAUGGGAGUGCUUGAAAGAUAUUCUACUGGGUGACUGGACUGAUGGCAUAUUAUGCAGCAUCGGCAUGCCCGUCAUUCAAGGGAGUGUGCGCUACAACUGCCAGGUUUUUUGUUUCAACCGAAAGAUUCUUAUGAUCCGUCCGAAGAUGAGUCUUGCCAAUGAUGGAAACUAUAGGGAACUUCGAUGGUUUUCAGCUUGGAAGCAUAAAGAUCAGCUUGUAGAUUUCCAGCUGCCUCAUGACAUUUCUGAGGCUCUAUCACAGAAAUCGGUGCCAUUUGGAUAUGGAUACAUCCAGUUUUUAGACACGGCUGUCGCUGCUGAAAUCUGUGAAGAGCUUUAUACUCCUAAUGCUCCCCAUACUGAGCUUGCACUAAACGGUGUCGAAGUUUUUAUGAAUGCCAGUGGAAGUCAUCAUCAACUGAGAAAGCUUGACCUUCGCCUUGGUGUUAUUCAAAAUGCUACCCUUAUUUGUGGAGGAGUUUACAUGUACAGCAAUCACCAAGGCUGCGAUGGUGGCCGGCUUUAUUAUGAUGGAUGUUCUUGUAUUGCUAUAAAUGGGGAUGUGGUUGCUCAAGGAUCCCAGUUUUCCUUGAAGGAUGUUGAAGUCUUGACUGCUCAGAUUGACCUAGAUGCGGUUGCCAGUUAUAGAGGAUCUGUGAGUAGUUUUGGGGAGCAAGCAAGUUACUUAUCAAAUGUUUCAACAGUAAAAGCACCUUACAAGCUUUGUCAAGCUUUCAAGCUCCAAAUGUUCCCUUCUAGUCCUAUUAAGAUUAGGUACCACUCUCCCGAAGAGGAGAUAGCCUUCGGGCCCAGUUGCUGGCUAUGGGAUUAUUUACGAAGAAGUGGAGCUUCUGGAUUUCUGCUUCCACUUUCUGGUGGAGCAGAUAGCUCUUCUGUAGCAGCUAUUGUUGGCUGUAUGUGCCAACUUGUCAUAAAAGAGAUAGUGAAUGGAGACGAACAAGUCAAAGCUGAUGCAAUACGCAUCGGCCAGUACACCAAUGGAGAGUUUCCCACUGACAGCAAAGAGUUUGCUGGACGUAUAUUUUAUACCAUUUACAUGGGAUCUGAAAAUAGUUCUGAGGCCACAAGGUUGAGGUCAAAAGUAUUGGCGGAUGAGAUUGGUUCGUGGCACCUUAAUGUUCCGAUAGAUUCUAUUAUUUCUGCAUUUCUUUCCUUGUUCCAAACUAUUACAGGGAAGCGUCCACAUUAUAAGGUUGAUGGUGGAUUGCAUGCUGAGAACCUGGCGUUGCAGAACAUUCAAGCUCGAAUUAGAAUGGUGCUAGCAUUUAUGUUAGCAUCACUCAUGCCCUGGGUUCAAAACAAGCAUGGAUUCUUUCUUGUGCUAGGUAGCUCUAAUGUUGAUGAAGGAUUGCGGGGUUACUUAACGAAGUAUGAUUGCAGCUCAGCAGAUAUAAAUCCCAUUGGGAGUGUAAGCAAGCAGGAUCUUCGGGCAUUCUUGCGGUGGGCAGCCAUUCAUCUUGGCUAUGCAUCUUUAGCAGAUGUUGAAGCAGCUCCUCCAACUGCUGAACUGGAGCCUAUACGUUCCAAUUACAGCCAGUUGGACGAAGUGGACAUGGGCAUGACGUAUGAGGAGUUAUCCGUCUAUGGAAGGUUGCGUAAGAUUUUCCGCUGUGGUCCUGUUUCAAUGUUCCAGAAUCUCUGCUACAAGUGGGGUGGAAAAUUAACUCCAUCAGAGGUAGCUGCUAAAGUGAAGUACUUCUUCAAGUACUAUUCAAUCAAUCGGCAUAAGAUGACCGUCUUAACACCUUCCUACCAUGCUGAGAGUUACUCACCAGAGGAUAACAGAUUCGACCUACGCCAGUUCCUAUAUAACACAACAUGGCCGUAUCAGUUCCGCAAGAUUGAUGAACUUGUGAGUGAGGUUGAUGGUGACAAGGUUGCUGCUUGGGAAUCGAAUGGACAGGAAAAUGGGGAGAUUGCCUCCGGCCAUGGGAGAGGUUUGGGAGUUGUGGCUGCAGGCUCUGGAAAUCCAAAAGCUGGCCUUUAAAAUUGAAAGAUAAGCAUAUGAAUAAAGGUGAUAUUAAGUUGUUGAUGGUUUUAUCCCCUUGUCUAGUUCAUUUGAAAUUUGAUUUAACUAUUCUUGUCAAUUCCCCUUCUCUGUGUGCAUGUAAAGUAGCAUGCAUGCACUGUGAUUGGUCCAUGUAGACCAUGGAAUAAGAAGGUCUGAGACUCUGAGGAUGUAACGUUUCCCUAAUUAGAUUUGACUACCCUAC